UAACUUAACCCUUCUCUACUCUCAGCUAUUCAGCCCCUUUUCCCUCCCUAACCCUCCCUGCCUCCCCCCUUCCUCAUCAUCCUUGUUGCCCUUCUCUUUCACCCUCUUUCCUUGCCUCCCUCCCCUCCCAUGGACAUACAAACCCUCCCUUCUUAUCCCCUUGUCCCUCUCUCCCCCCCCCCCCUCCCUCUGUCCUUCCUUACAUCUUUCCCUUGCUCUUCUUCUCCCUCCUACUCUCUCCCUGUCCGACCAUCAUUCCCCUUCUGUACCCAAAAUCUUGUCUGUCCCUCUAUCAUUCCCACAUUCCCAUCUCACUUCCAUCCUUUUUACUUUAGCGUUGUAUCCUCGGUUCUUCCCCCUUUGUAUCGCUCCCUUCGCCUUCCCUCCUCUGUCCGUCAAUGCCGUUCUUCAUCUGACCUUAUUUCUGUCUCUUUUUGCUCUUCUUUUUUCCUCAUCUCAUUUUGCUCUUCUUUUUUCCUCAUCUCAUUUUGCUCUUGGAGUUUCUUCCUUUUGUGUUCUUCCUUUUAAAGUUUCCUGUUCAUUAUUUGCUUGCUUCCCCCUUCUCCGUCUCUUUUUCUUCUAUUUUUUCUUUUCUUCCUCUCCUCCCUCACCACCCUUCUUACACACACACUAACCCCAUCCUCGUUUUCUUAAAUCUCUUCCCCCUCUGUUGCUACUAUUUUCUUUCCAUUAUCCAUUUAUUCCUGCUCCCUUGCCAUGCAGUGCUCCUCUCCUUGCCCUUCUUCCUCUCCCUCGCUCUCCCUUAAUGCGACUCCAGCCCUCUCCCUUCUUACCGUCCCCUUACCCUAUCUCCCUAAUGAUCUCUUCCUUCCUUGCCUCUCCCUGUGUCUCUCCCCUUUCCUCAAUAUUCUUCCCCUCUCCCUCCUCAAGCUUCCUUCCCCUAUCCUCCCCAACUUUUGCCUUCACUCCCCUCUUGCGUCCCCCUCCUACUCAACCUUCCCCUUCACCUCCCCAACUUUUCUCUUCACUCCCCUCUUUCCUCUCUCUGUCUCUUCUCCCUCCUUCCCCUCACCCUCACCCUCUGCUUUGCUUUUAUAUUUCAAGUCUGGAUGUGAGAGAUUAUGAAGGUGUCCAGGAACCACCAAGUGCUGCAGGGCUGGCAACACUGCUGGCUGGCUGCUUCACUUCUUGGUCUGGUCAUGGUUAUGUUCGCUUUGAGACUCAGGUAUACAUGCUACUCCACUUUCAAACCAACAGUUUCCUUACACACACACACACACACACACACACACACACACAGAGUUAGGAGAUGAGAAGAGUUGCAGCAUUGGACACCAUAAGGAGGUGUCUUUUUUUCCCCUCAUCUGACUUUUCUCAGCUGAGACUUCCUAAAAGCUGAAUUUAAGGAAGAAUCAAAGCCUCCAGGAAGUUUCUGUCCCGGUGGGUGGGUGGGUGAGUGUGGAGAGCAGAGCACCAGCAGCCUGGACCCUUCACAUUUACAUGAGUGCCCCACCCUCUCCCAUCCCACCCCAGAACAGGUGCUGCCCAAGACUUGUUCAAGUGCUCUUAAUGUGUGUUGUUAAUACCUUUUUGGGCCACCUUACUCUGAAUCAUACUAUAUUAUUAGAGUAAGUUAAUGUUUAGUCUUUAAUAAAGUAAGAUGAAAAAUUCAAUCUUGAUUAAAUUUUAAUCUAAAUAAGUUUGUUGGCCCUUGUGUGUUCUCACUUCUGUAAGAUUCCUUUGGCAUGUAGUACAUAUAAGUGAAGGAGGACAUUGCAUGGACUUGUAUUUAGUAAUCUGCAUGUUUGAGAUUUUUAGACCAUUUGUAUGUGCAUGGCUGCUUUUUUUUUCUUUGCUUACAUACAAUUUGCAUAAAUCUUUUGUUUUUUAUUCCAGAAAAGAAGGAAAGAAAUAUUGUUUCUUCAGUAUUAUGCUAUGCUACUAGCAUGGCUUCCACUUUGCUGUGACACUGACCGCUGGGAAAGGCAAUGUGAUAUCGCGUCGAUGCUGUUGAAGCUAACGAGGAUGGGAGGGAAACAGAAAGGGUGGGCGCUAGAUAUGAACUAGGGAGAGGAGGAGGAAAGAACGAGGGGAAGGGAGCAUCAAACAGAGGGGCAGCUACCUCAGUGCUACACUAACCUAGAGAGACGGCUAGGGAUCAGUGGUGGAGGUGAGGUGUUGGUGCAAGCGCUGGCCCCCAGUGCUCUCCUAGCAUUCUCUGGGUGGGCCUGACACCCUCCCUCUAUUGCAGGUGUGUAGGCAUAAAGGUGCCAGCCAUGGACUUCACAAUGAACAUGAUCGACAAUGGUCGGGGCAUACCUGCGACCCAGGCAGCUGCGGUGGCUGCCAUGGGUGGUCAGGUGACCUACCAGGCUCAUGCUGUGAAUGUCACCCCCACAGUGAGCCAACAGCAACCACAACAACAACAGCAGCCACCGCCCCCACCACAACAGCAGCAGCCACAACCUCGGGGCGGCAUGCAUGAGGGUGAUGGUGGGGCGGGGCUGCCGGGGGAGGGCAAGGUGCAGGAGCUGACCAAGGAUGACUCCCAGGGAGCCUUCACGCCCCCGCCCAGGGUGUCGUCCGUGGCGUCGCAUGAGAGUCGCGUCGAGAAGGGUACUGAUACCACAGACUUUGAACCACUCAUUAAGGUUGAGAUUAGGGGGGGGAUACCAGGGAUCAACACUGGCGACAAGGACAAGAACAGUAUCGUUCAGUUACACUUCAACAGUGUCAACGAGGUGUUGCAUUAUUUUUCCCAGCGGUCAGUACCACAGCACAUUGAUGCCUUCAAUCUUCUCACCAACCCAGACCUGGUGCGCAAUAUCAACCCCGACCUGGUGCGCAACCACUUCCUGUACGUGCCCAACCCUCAGGAGGGGGUACGGGUGGCAUCCAACGGUUACAGUUCGGGCGGAUCCAACUCUGCCCAAACCCCUCCUACCCAAGGAGGGCCGACCACGUCACCGGUGGUGGUGAAGCAGGACACCAGCAGCGGCGGUGGCGGCGGCUACAGUAAGCAGGGAGAGCGACGGCGCGACUCCGGGCAUAGUAACCUGCCACCAGGCACCAUCAUACCCAGGCCAGGAGUUGACACUUCUGGGGCAUCCUUUGUUUGUUGGAUUUGUGGCCUAGACAUGCAGAAGUCAUUACAGUUUGAGGAACACAUGGUGGACCAGCACAGUGUGGAUAAGCCAUACAGAUGCGACGACUGUGGGGUCACCUUCAAGCGGAAGGCACACCUGGACCGUCACCGCAGGAUUCACUUGCCCACGCGGCCUUAUCAAUGUGCCGUGUGUGGCAAGGGAUUCACUCGCAAUGAACAUGUGCGUCGCCACUCCUUCACCCACUCUGGGGAGAAGCCUUACCACUGCCCCACCUGCAACAAGACAUUUUCUCGGCGGGAGCAUCUGACCAAACAUCUUCUGAGCCACACCAAGCCUCCGGGCCCUCACAGCCCCCCACCCGGCGGCCACCCGCACACACCAGGUGAGUAUGAGUACAUGACAUCACCUGCGGACUCACCCAACCCCCCGCAGCCACAGCUGGGGUCAGCCUCUGCCGCUGCAGCCAUCUCUCUUAGCGGAGCUGCCCAGAUACCAUCCAGCUUGCUGCAUGCAGCUGUGCCACAGCUGCUGCCGCCUUCCACCAACACUAUUAUCAAGCACUCGCAGCCGCACCACCACUUGGCUGCCCACCACUCCCCAGGCCUGGCAACGACCCUGCUGCUGCAGACCACCGACCAGAGCGGGAGGAUUGUGACCAUCAACCCACCAGGGGGUAGUGGUAUUGCCACCCCUGUGGUUACCACCUCCUCCACCAGUCACCACUCGGGACAGGGCAGCGGAGGUCAUGGUGGAGGUAGCAGCUCUGGGGGUUCUACAAGGGGCCUCAACCACAAUGGUGAGCCUGUGCCACGACCCUACCAGUGUGGGGUGUGUGGCAAGUCCUUCAUCCGCAACGAGCACCUGCGGCGCCAUGUUUUGACUCACUCGGGGGAGAAGCCCCAUGCCUGUGUCACAUGUGGGAAGGCCUUCUCCCGCCGUGAGCACCUGACCAAGCACAUGCGCUCUCACAUCAAAGUUAAUGCUGCUUCAGGAUCUGGCCAGUCCAGCUCCCAGCCAAGCCACUCCAUUCAAGUAGCUGGAGUUUCAAGUGUAGCUACACCCCAGCCUGCUCCAGCUGUGGUCCAAACUGCCACAGUCUCUCUGCCAACACCCACUGUGGUGGCAAGCAGCAAUGCCCAUCAGCAGCCUCCACCCCAUGGCGUAACGCAUACGGUGGCUGGCUCCCACGGAACACCUGUGGCCCAUGCAGCCCACUUGCCACCGGGGACCCAUUAUCUCCCCAUGUUUGGACUUCUGGCUGAAGUGGUGUGAGCCCCAACCCCACUCGAUCCCCUGUAGCACACUGAUGCCGGCAGCACGGGCACCUCCCUGUGUUCUGACCCCUCACCACCACACAACUCAUACUUACACAGAGAUGGUGCUUGGCCCAGUGACACAUGGCUCAUCAGGCCAAUGCUGCCUGGCUGGGCCAUGUGUGGUGCUGAAUGAUGCAAGCUGUAGAUAAUGUUGUGCCAUGAUCUCCCUGUAGCUGUGACCACUAGAGUUUCUCUCUUUGUUGUUGCUACUAGCCAGGUGGCGGGCCCAGCACUAGGUACGUGUCAUCGUCCACUGUCUGACCCUAAUCACAUUCCAAGCCAUAUAUAGGUGUCUCUUUGGCUACAUUAAAUAGGGGAAAUUUCCUUGGCUAUAUAUGAGGUGUUAGUUAAACACCCAUGAUAUGUAAAUUUUUAAAAGAAAUUUAUGCACUCCUAUGUACUUAGAAUAAUUGUAAACUGAUUAGGAGUUAUUAUACUAGAAUUUAUUUGGGAAUUUGUUUAUGCACCUGCCAAAGCAUGGAAGUUGGAUCCCAAGGGACAGCAGUCAAGUUAUCCCUUAAGUGACGAGGCAGCUCUCAAUGUGGCAGCCACACCCAAUCCCCCCAUACCCCCACUUUUAGUUUUGUUUUUUCCUUAUACUUUGUAUGAGGACUUUAUAUUUAGAACCAGACUUUUUUGCGCAUUAGACCAUGUUGAUGUGUUUAUUGUUUUCUCUUUCUUUAUAGUAUAAAAUGUAAAGAAGUACCUUUUAAUUGUAUUUAAAGUGAAAGAACUAAUUAUUUUAAGAGCUUUCUUCACUUGCUUAUGGUAGAUAUUCAGAAGGUAGCAUUUCCUACCAGAUACGAAGCUUUGUGUUAGUUCCCUCUGCAAUGAAGAGGAAAACAUAAGAGAUUAUUUCACUGUCCAAAGUUAUCAGUCCUGAUCAUAGUGUGGAGACUCUUGAUGUCAGUUCCAUGGCAUCACUUGGGAAUCUGCUUUUAUACAUUAUAUCUUUUUUUUGUUUGUAUGAUUAUUUAUAUUAAAACAGGCAACAAUUUUUUUUCCCUCCUACCAAGAUAAUUGAAAUGUUUCCUGUAUCUAAAGGUGCUCAAAUAUAUGAUAACUUUGGAUCUGAUAAGUUAUGGUUAAGAUUAAAAGGAGAUCUGAACUUUUAUCUCUUAAAUUAAAGUCAAGUUUAUGGCAAUCAUGGUUGUUUUUAGUAAUCAGACUCUAGGGGAUUCAUUUGUUAUUCACGUGGUGUUUGAUAUUAUUUUGGGUAUAAUAUUUAUUCAAGCAACAGUUUUUACUUGUCACUUAAUAAUUAUGGUUUUGAUUGUGCUCUUCUUUGGAUUUGAUCUUGCCAGCAGUAGGCCAAGAUUUUUGCCCUGCCUGUACAGACUUUUCAUUGCUAUUGCCAACAUUCUUGGAUUAAUUUUAAAAUAAGUUGCAUUAUGGAUGUAUUUGGUGGAAGCGGCAUUGUUUUUGUAUCAUCAGAGGACUCUUUUGUAGUCACUCGACUGUCUCAUAUUCCUUCGACUUUUUAUUCUUUGCUCAUUUCAAAUUAUCAGAACUGGUAAACUUAAAUUGACCUCCUUCAGUAUGAAGUAAAUAAAUCAAUCAUUCACAUUAACAAGGCACUAUACUGACUGCACAACACAGGCAGGUCACCUGACAGCUAAAGGAUGAGAGAAUAAUACUUUACGUUUUCUUACUGAAGGCAAGGAACACUUGCAAGAAAUGUUCCUACUGCUAUGCCUGUGAAAUAUUAAGCACAGUGCUAGUGAGCUUCUAAAGACAUUAUUGUUAUGCCUGUGAAGUUUUCUUUCAGCACAGGGCUAGGGAGCUUCAUCUGUAAGACAUUUUAUUGUAAUUUAAUAUUUUAAUUGAUUUGCGGUACACAUGCACACAUCUCCCUUUGUCUAGUACAUAUAACUUAAAAUGGUAGAGGUUGAAGACUUAAGUUUGUAACCCUUGACAUGUGUAAGCCUUUGUUUUUAUUCUUUUUACUUCUCUACCACUGUGUAUAGACCUGAGCCUUCCCUCAGAUGCUUUAAGAAAUACCCUUCUAUGCUAAAUAUUGUAACUUACCCCAUGACAAAGUGAAUACCCAUCAUAAGGUCCACUUCCAAGAUCCAUAUUGUACAGUCUAAAGUGAAAAAUAUUUUUUCAUUCUUGGUAAAUUGACCUUGGGAAAUUCUAUGAAAAAUCUUAUGUACAGUGUAGGUGCUGUGGUGGCUGUGUGCUGCCGGUCAUUACUGAUGUCCACAGUAUUUAAUGUAGUUGGUGUGUUUGGCAUCUGUUACCUUUACAUUGAUCUAAAUAAUCAAUAGAGAGCUGUGUGUUAGUAGUUGUUCAGGAAACUUGUGAGGGGAGGCUACAGCUUAUAUCUGUUGUUCUAUUUAAAGGAAGCUUCAUUAAGUUCCUAACUAGUCCUUAGUGAACAUUUCAGAAGUAAAACUGCCAACACUUCAUGUAUAAGUAUAAAAUAGGUUGUGACAAUGUGAACACUUCUGCAGAGGGAUUAAUAUUAUGAUCUGGGGCAGAAGUUACCUAGGCCUGAGGAGCUUAUUGGAGUUUCCUAAUCUUUCAAUUCACAGCCUGUUGUUGGAUCUGGCACAUCUCCACUGCCAGAAAUGCAUGCCAGUUGCCAGAUGACAGAGUUUAGUUUUUAGUUUGCUAGCCGUUGUCAUGUACUCCUCUCAUGAGGCUUCUUGAAUGCAUAAUUUUUACUUGGAAUUUGUGUGAAAGAGUACAAAUUUUUGACCAAGUUGUUCGGUGUCAUUUGCCUGGUUUGGACUGUUUUAUGUAGACACACACACAUAUAUAUACAUAUAUAUAUAUUUAAUAUAUAUAUUUUUCUUUUAAUUAUUAUUAAAGUGUUCUGGAAAUACCUGUCCCUUAGAGGGAUGCAAUGAACAUAAUUAUUUAACAUUUAAUUUUCCCCGAGUUUCUUUACUUUUUUUUUUCUCUCCAACAACCAUAUACAUGUAUGAUGUCAAAAGCAAGGAAUCACAUGUCUUGCAUCUUGGUUACAGACAAAACCUUAUUCUCACUAUUAAUCUUACGAUGGGGUAAUUGGAAAUUCUGGGAUGCAAUCAGAAAUCAAAAUUCAUCACCGUACAUUCAUAGGAGCUUAUAGCAGAGUAAAGUUGUGCUGAGAUCAUGCAGAUGUUAACAGUCCAUAAGCCAAUCCCUCCAGAGGUGUGAUACAGUCAGAGAUUUAGGGUCCCCAGGCAACUUGAUUUGUUCUUCACUUCUUGAAUUUCACCAUUGUAAAAAUGUUGUUUUCAAAAUAUGCACUGACUGCAUCUAAAGUUUUAAAUAAAUUUAAGUACAGUUUGUCUUUAGCUUGGAAAUGGAAGUGUGUAAUCAGAGUAUGUUUUUAAUGAUGUACAUAUAGACAGUAGUCACGAGUACACUAGAUGUUCUUGUCGUCAUGGAUGUUUGUUUGAGGCUCCUGAUCCCUGAUUAUAUCACAUUGACUUAGGCCUUGAGGUAUUGAGUCACCACCAGUGUGAAGUUUUGCAUAUGAAAUAAUAAAAGACUAAAAGUAAACAAAUUUUAUUGUAUUACUUUAAAAAUUCAAAUAAACUGAAAAUAAAA